AUGGAUUUAAAGAGUGCGCAGUGUAUUUGGGACACUCUCAACGAUUUGCACAAAAAUGACAAGCAGGCGUACGAAAAAUUUAUGGACAAGCACAUGGGGAAGAUGAAUCAGCAAAAACCAAUUAAACCGAAGUUCUGCUUUUGCAUCGUGACGGAUCUGGAAAAGGUGUCAAUCAAAACAAAGAGCAGCGAGCACAAAGAGAAGAUGUGUGAUUACUAUGUGUAUGUAUAUCACAGUAGCAAAAUGAAAGAGCCAAGGUUGCCGAAGAAUUUCUCUACCAAUAUGGAAGAAAUAAAUUACGAUGACAUUCCUAUCAGUACGUGUAAAAUAAAAGGAGAAAGCAACAGAGACAUGUACGCAGAAGCUGUUAUCCACACGGAAAUUCAGAAGCAUUUCCACAAUUUAUAUUUUAAAAACAAAAUUAUUCAAACAAUAUUAAGAAUAUUAAAUGAGGCAGAACAAAUGCUCAGGGGAGAUAUACACAUAAAUGGAAACUCCUUCAAAUAUAUCGAAUUGGGAUAUGUCCCGAAGACGAAACAUUUUUUAAAUCCACAAUGUGUGGAUAGUAUAUUACACACAGAACAUUCUACAUCCGUCGACCAAAGUGACAUAAAAUUCUACAACAUGUUAAGUCAAAAACAGUUAAAAAAUAAUGAUAAGAAGGAAGAAGAGAAAAACGAAAUAAAAAUACACGACGCCUCCAGUAAUAUUUUGAAUGAUAUACAGUCUGUCAGGACAACCAAACGGGGGAAAAAUGACAAUGCUCAAGGGGAACGCCUCAUCCCCAGGAAGGUGAAGUCCUAUCACUACACAGUUAUUGACAGAUACCUCCAUAUCAUCGUCACCUUCAACAGCAUUUCAUACGAAGAAUUGGAAGUUUUGAAAAAAGGAAACACCGUCGAGAUUUACGUGUCCAGCAGACCCGAUGAUUGCAUGACUUUGAGCUUUAAGCAAAACUUAAGCGAUAAUAUCAAAGGUUACUUCAAUGAAAAGAGCCUCAAGCUUACCAUCAGCGUGGAGCUUCUAUACUGA